GUUUACGCAGAGCCGAUCGCGCGUUCCUCCCCAGGGUCGCCUGGAGCCCCCUGCAGCGGGGCUGCAGCUGCCAGCGCAGCGGAGCCAGGCGGCGGCCGCGCCCGCACCAUGGAGCGCAGCCCAAUCCCAGCCCGGGUGGCCGCCCACCUCUGCCAUCGCUCGUGCCCCGUCUACCAGCUCUCCGUGCAACUGUCUCCGUGCCUUGCCCUCCUCGCCUCGAAGCCAACAUGAAGGCGCCCCGGGGCGACGGCGGAAGCGCCCCUUUCUGCACCCGCUUCAACCAUUCCUACCCGGGCAUGUGGACUCCCGAGCGCUCCACCGAGGCGCGGGGUAACCUCACCCGCUCCCCGGGGCCCGGCGAGGACUGUGGAUCGGUGUCCGUGGCCUUUCCGAUCACCAUGAUGAUCACGGGCUUCGUGGGCAACGCGCUGGCCAUGCUGCUGGUGUCUCGGAGCUACCGGCGGCGGGAGAGCAAGCGCAAGAAGUCUUUCCUGCUGUGCAUCGGUUGGUUGGCGCUCACGGAUCUAGUCGGGCAGCUGCUCACCAGCCCCGUGGUCAUCGUCGUGUACCUUUCCAAACAACGUUGGGAACAGCUCGACCCGUCGGGGCGGCUGUGCACCUUCUUCGGCUUGACCAUGACUGUGUUUGGGCUCUCUUCGCUCUUCAUCGCCAGCGCCAUGGCCGUCGAGCGGGCUCUGGCCAUUCGGGCGCCGCACUGGUAUGCGAGCCACAUGAAGACGCGCGCCACCCGCGCCGUCCUGCUGGGCGUGUGGCUGGCCGUGCUCGCCUUCGCCCUGCUGCCGGUGCUGGGCGUGGGUCAGUACACCGUCCAGUGGCCCGGGACUUGGUGUUUCAUCAGCACCGGGCAAGGGAGCAAUGAAACUAACUCUUCUCAGGACUGGGGCAACCUUGUCUUCGCCUCCACCUUCGCCUUCCUGGGGCUCUUGGCUCUGGCAGUCACAUUUGCCUGCAACCUGGCCACCAUUAAGGCGCUGGUGUCCCGCUGCCGGGCCAAAGCUGCAGUCUCGCAGUCCAGUUCCCAGUGGGGCCGGAUCACAACCGAGACGGCCAUUCAGCUCAUGGGGAUCAUGUGCGUGCUGUCCGUCUGCUGGUCUCCGCUUUUGAUAAUGAUGUUGAAAAUGAUCUUCAAUCAGACAUCAGUUGAACACUGCAAGACACAGGCAGGAAAGCCAAAAGAAUGCAACUUCUUCUUAAUAGCUGUUCGUCUGGCUUCCUUGAACCAGAUCUUGGAUCCCUGGGUUUAUCUGCUGCUAAGAAAGAUCCUUCUACGAAAGUUCUGCCAGAUCAGGUACCCCACAAACCACUAUGCUUCCAGUUCAACUUCCUUACCCCACCAAUGCUCUUCAACCUUGAUGUGGAGUGACCAUUUGGAAAGAUAAUGAAAGAACAGAGGUGGACUUUUUAAUUGAAAUUCCUGCUUCCUGAGUUUGUAUGUGGCUUCCCAUCUGAGGAGAAUUUUGUGCUUCGAUUUGGAUUGCAUCUUUAUUUUUGUCUCAUAUUUUAUUUUAACAUGUUUCUUGUCAGUAAUGCAUUCAGAAGCUAGUUUUAUUAUUAUAAUCCAUAUUCACUUGGUUCCUUUGAAGAAUUUUGCAUACUCAUUUAAGAAGUUGGAAAGGGUUACACAAAAUUAUUGCUAGAAAGGUGAGCAAAAGAAAGAGUGGCAUGCAUGUUCUCCAAUCGCACACCUUUAUCUGGGUUUAUCUUCUCCCGUGUGGCUAUCUUUACAUUUGCUACAGUUUCUGAUUUCCCAACCUGAAUUUCAUGAAUUGAUAUAAAUUUUUGACAGUGAAAAGCAAACACAUCAGGAAGAAUCAUUCAUUAGACUUAAUGAGAUAGAAAAGUAUGCCUCAUGAAGGUAGGAACCAUCAUGAUCCUUACACAGAUUGUAUAAUUAACAUUAUACAGAGGCUAUGUCCUCCCGGAUUAGGCUUACAAAUAAAAAUUCCUAACUUUCAGUUCUGGUUACAGCUCAUUUAGUAAUCGGUUUAGUUAUUAUAUGUUUCUUCCCUUAAAGACAAAGGAACGAUAAGGCUAAGAGCACUUUUGAAGUGUCAUUAACAGUAAUAAGCUUAGUGAUUAUUAAAUAUUCAAGUAGAACAAUGGAAAACAUCAAGACAAAGACCCUAGUUAUUACUUCAUUUGUGUUUUAUUUUUGAAUCACCAUGAAACAUCACCUAUAAUUUCUUCCCAGGCUCUCAGGUAGCAUCUAAAAAGGCAAAAUUAAUAAAUGACAGCUACUGUACACCAAAUGCUGUGACUUCUUUGAAAUAAAAGUCUA